AUGGAUGACGAGAAAUUGAUUGCUUUGGUUGAGAAUAAAAUUGAGUUAUUUAAUAAGAGCAGUCCAUAUUAUAAGCUGCAAUCAAGGAAAGGUGUCUUGUGGGCUGAAAUCGUGAGGGAAUUGAACGCAAGUGGAGAAAUUUGUCGCCGUAGAUGGGUAACACUCCGGGAUCGGUACGGGAGGGAAGUACGGAAGACUAACGCCCCCAGCGGCAGCGGGAUGGAGUACCAAAAGCAGUGGCAUUUGUUGGAGGCAAUGAAGUUCCUUAAGCCACAUAUUGUACCACGGCCGGAUAGAUUCUCACAAAAUAUUUGUGAAACCGCAGUCACCGGUCAGGGCCAGUUGCAAUCAACAACUGAAGACAGUCGAUUGCAGCCACAUGGACAUGAGUCACAUGCGCAGGAGGUGGAAGUGCCAUCACCGCUAUGGCCAUUGUCGCCUAUGAGUCCAAUUGCAAUAUCGCUGCCGUCGCCAUCGCCUCCUAUUGCCGUGGAGCCAUCCCCGACUCCUUCCGCAUCCACCUCGCUUCCCUCACCAUCCUGCUCUACGCAGGCGGCAAGCUGCGUUUGA